UUCCUGCUCGUUGCUCCGCAUAUCGUCGUCCUGACACCCAUCCGUUCCGUUACUCUCGGUACUUCGGUGGCCACUCCUCCCACCCCAACUGUCACUUGUCACCAUCGCUCUCGUUGUCCGAACACCAUGUCGACGUCAAUGCAUCUGUCCCGUCUUCGGAAAUGGGUCCUUGCAUCUCCGCCAAUCGAGUUCGCUCUGUCCAGGCUCCGAGACUUGCUGGUUGGAGCGCUCAGGCAAGGGCCAGUUCCACAGCAUAUUGCUUUUGUGAUGGAUGGAAACCGAAGGUUCGCCCGAACACACGGGAUCGAAACCGUCGAGGGUCAUAACUUGGGGUUCGAGGCGCUGGCUAGGGUGAGUUAAGCAAAACCAACCCUUCGUUUUGUUUGGAUGUCUCAUUUGUCCUCUUGAUACCCUAUCUCUUGUACCCUUUCGACCCCGUAUCCUCGAAG